AUGGCAGUGACAGAACUCAAAGACAACCCUCAGCAAGGAGAAGAUUCAUUGGAUUGCGGACUUUUUGUAAUGUACACAAUGGAGAAAAUUUCGAAAAAAGGAACAGUUCCAAAGAAGCUCACAAAGGAUGAUAUUUUGAAAUUUAGAGCUCAUGUGAAAAUCUUUGAUAAAGUUAAAGAAGAUGCAGAGGAAGAAGAUUUUGAGUCUAAUACAGACACAGAAAGUAAAGAAAAAAAGAAUGAUGGGCAAGAAGAAAAUGUUGAAACUAGAACCAGUGGAAACAUGGUGAAGGAGACUGCAUGGAAUGAUAAACAGAAGAAAGAAUUAGAGACAAAUCUUCAGAAAAAGGAAGAAGAGCUAAGAGAGGUGGAAAUAGAGAAAAAGGGCUUGGAAGAAAAAAUAAGGAAAUUGGAAAAAGAACUGGAAACAAGAGAAAAGAAAGCUGACAACAUUAACAAUGAGAAGAUGGAGACAGAGAUAGGGAAGACCAAUGAAGAGAAGAAUGAAUUACAGAGAAAGCUCGAGGGAAAGGAAGAAGAGCUAAGUGCUUUGAAAAAAUAA